GACUGCUUCCGGAGUUCAAUCAAAAGUUGGUCAAAUCAUCUCAAGUCUUUCGAUUCUCGAUAUAUUUUAAUUUUUUGAUUAUGACACAGAUAUUCACAUUAAUAACACACAGCCAAAUCAGAUUCCGUAGUUAACGUGAAAGCUUAUGCUAAUAUCGAUCAUAUCAUCGUAAGACGCAUCCUGGUCGUUCGAAGUCAGUAAAACCCCCAAACUGCUGGAGUCUCUCAAAACCUUAUGUCGUUCAGCGCGGUCCAAGCGGCUCUAUCAGGGCUUAGGUCAUGCCAGGAGGAUGUCGGGACCAAUAUGGACAUGUUGACAUAUGUGGCCAUGGACCUGGUGGAGUCCCACGAGACGGAGCACAGCAGCAGCUUGGAGACGCUCCAGGCCAUGAUCCUGGAGAGUGCCGAGCUGGAACGAGAGAUUAACUGCUUCUCGAACAUCGUUGAGCAUCUGAACUCGGAGGUCAGCCAACUGCCGCCUGAGGCCUUGUUCAGCCUGUCGGAUCGCGUGAAGGAGCAGUAUGAAGCCAAGAGGGCCUCCCUGUCCAAGGCAGAGCUGCACAACCAUCAGAAGGUGAUUGCCUUCAAAGAGGGGGUUGGCAGCGCUCUCCAGCCAGAGAAUGGAGAGGAGGCAGAGAACCAGGAUGAGGACAUCGCUGUGACACAGAGAUUCGUCAACUUCACCUGCCCGCUCACACAGGUGGAGAUGGAGAAUCCCAUGAAGAACAAAGUGUGUAACCACCACUACGACGAGGGGGCUAUUCUGGCCAUGAUCAAAGCAAGGCACAAGCAGCACAAGAAAUUCCGUUGUCCGGUGGUGGGCUGCGGGAACAUCAACGUGAUCCAGGCAGACCUGGUCCCGGACCUGUUUCUCAAGAGGAGGAUCCAGAAAAGAAACGCCAGCCAGGUGUAGCGGAACCCGUCUGUUGGACAAGAAAAGUUAGUUAUGUUUUAUAUUUGUUGAUUUAUUAAUAUACACUGUUCAUUUACAGAACUGGGGUGACUUAAUUUGAUAUAGUUGACAGUAUUGAUUCUACGUCUAGUAGUUUUCAUGUCAACGUGCAGUACACUUGGAGAACCACAGGGAGGCGGUCUUUGAAUUUGAAUGUUCUUUGUUCCUUUGAAUAAAAGCCUUUUGGAAAAGCC